AAGCAGACAUUUCAGUUCAGUUGUACACAUACAACAGUCACAACGUGUCGUUGGCUGUGAGAUUGCGCGUGUGUGUCUUAAGUCUUUCGUUUUUCCACUGCAUACGCACGUACCAAUGUACAUCGGUACACCGGUUCGAUUUGAUAGCGAUAAAUAAAUAAAGAAAAAACAAGCAAUAUUGCGCAAUUUUUUAAGUAAAAUUUACGAUUUAUAAAUUAAGUGAAAUAUUUACAUAUAUAAUAUAAAAUAAGAAAACAAUAAGCGAGUAUUUUGAAAUGAAAUAAAAAGUUUAAACGAGCUUACUUAAUAGUAAUAAUAAUUAAAUGUUUAUAACGGUUCAGUUUACUUACUCAAUUUACUUUGUGAAACGCUACUUCGUACCACUGACGGAAGUCCAUUAAUAAUUUCACUCGGCGCGUUAACAAAAAAACAGUUGUGAAAAAUAAUACAAAUAAUUAAAGUUUCUAAGUGAAUAUCAGUAGAGGAAAUCCACAAUAAUGAAGUCCUACAUCAGCACAGUUACAAUUUUCAUGGUGCUCUUUGCGCUAACAAAUGCCACCGAAGUGAGAAAGUGCCCCAAGUCGUCUGCACGCGCCUUAACCGCCGAGGAGGUAACCAUCUCCAAUUGUCCCAAAAAUAAAUGCACACUCAAGCGCAACACCGAGGCCAGCAUUGAGAUGAAAAUUAAACCCGAACGUGACUUCAACGAACUCAACUCCGAUAUACAGGGUAUUAUCUUGGAUGUACCACUACCGUUCCCCGGCUAUUACGGCACCAGCGCCUGCCCCUACAUAUACGAUGCCGAGGGCAAAGAGAAGGUGGGCUGCCCAUUGAAAGCCGGUGAGACGUACACCUACAAGAAUAGCUUCAAGAUUUUGCCAAUCUAUCCAACUGUCAAUUUGGUCAUACACUGGGGCUUGGGUGAUAAACAGGGUGAUGCUGUAUGCUUCCAAAUACCGGCGAAGAUCAAGUCGUAAAUGUACGAUGGGGAAAUUUGAAAUUAAUUAGUGUUACUUAUUAUUAAAAUAUAUAUAUUUUUUUUUACCAAAUAACGGUAUAGUGAAGCUUGUCACGGCUCUCUUGGAUUGAUAUUUGUAAUAUAUAAAUAAUUUUAAUAAAAAAACGAAAUUUAUAUUUUUUA